AUGAUUUCAAGCAACACUACCUAUGACCCUCAUUAUGCUUACUAUCAAUGUCGUGGUCCUGACCUUAGUCUUAAUAUGAAGGUGAGGGGUGAUAGAGGAGAAAGGGAUGUGGUGGGGCCAUUGAUGACAAGACAAAUAAUUACUGAUGAUGAAGAGUGGACGCCAUUAACGGAACCUGAAGAAGAAGAAAGGAAAAAUUCUGCAAAAAAUUUUGUCAUUUUCUUCUUCCUUCUGGUGUCGAGUCCCGCCUCUGGCUACCUUACUGGCAUAGAUCUAAUCAACUGGCACAGAUCUAAUCAACUUUUUGGUAGUUUCAGGUUACUGAAGGUUGAAGCUAGAAAUUGCUAUCACAUGGAUGGAACCAUUGCUUUAACCCUCAUAGAAGCUUUGUUGAUCCUAUUGGCUUUAUCAAUUUCCCAAGCUAUCAGAUACAUAUCUCCUUCGCUUUAUGGUAGCCAACCUGAUGCUGUUGAUGAUAGUUUUAAAGAUGAUGUGAUUUUAACUCAAACGGUUUCCCCUCCUGCUACCAAGUAUGAUGUGUUCCUCAGUUUUAGAGGAGAAGACACUCGCCACACUUUUGCAAGUCAUCUCUACAGAGGACUUCAUAAUGCAGGCAUUCACACUUUUAUGGAUCAUGAACUCCGCAAAGGAGAACAAAUCUCACCAGUUCUUUUGAGAACAAUAGAAGAAUCUCAAAUAUCUAUGAUUAUUUUCUCUGAGAAUUAUUCUUCUUCGAGAUGGUGUAUGGAUGAGCUUGUUCACAUAUUAGAAUGCAAGAAAAACUUUGGAAGGGUUGUGAUACCUAUCUUCUAUAACAUUGACCCUUCACACAUACGCAAACAAAAUGGGAGUUUUGGAAAUGGAUUUGAUGUGUUGAAGCAAAGAUUUAAAGACAGCCAACAAAAUUUGCAAAAGUGGAGAAAUGCUUUAAUCCAAUCUACAAGUCUCUCUGGAUGGCAUUCCAAUGCUACCAGACCUGAAUUCAAACUUGUUGAAGAGAUUGUUAGAGACACUUUGAGCAAGUUAAGAGAAAUGGGCCUUGAAAUUUCUAGCCAACAAUUAUACUCUAGACGUAAAACUGCUAUUCGACUAUGGAGGCACGAGGACAUUUAUGAUUUUUUCAUUUCUGACAAGGGGACCGAGGCAAUUCGAUGCAUGUCAUUGGAUGCAAGCAAGAUAAAAAGGAUUACAUUGAGGGCUAAUAAUUUUCGAAAGAUGCAUAAUUUGAUAUUCCUUAAAGUUUACAAGUCUGAUCAUAGAAAGCCUUCAAAGUUGAAUAUUUGUGAAGAUAUGGAUUAUCUUCCAGAAGAAUUACGUUUUGUUAGUUGGGAAGAAUAUCCAUUGCCAUAUGUCCCAUUGCAUUUCUGUGCUGAGAAUCUUCUGACACUUGAGAUGCGUAAUAGUAAUAUCCGACAACUUUGGGGUGAAAAUCAGCAUUUUCCAAAUCUGAAGCAAAUCAAUCUGUCCGAUUCAAAAAAUCUCAGUGCACUCCCAGAUCUGUCUCAGGCCCCUAAGAUUGAAGUCAUGGAUCUUGAGGGUUGUGUGAAUUUACGUCUAAUCCAUUCUUCAACUGCCCUGGAAAAGAAUGUCCGAUUAGGCAUAGAUGAUAGUGGGCCAGUGCAGAUAAACUUUGGGGGCAGUAUUAAAGGAACAAGUUCAGGGUUAGUGAUUGUGUACAAUUAUUUGGAUCUUCCUAGUUUGUCAUUCCAUAAAGUGACAAUGAAGCUGUUCGUAUGUGGCAAGAUCAUCUCUGGUGUUCGAUACAAACAUGUGGUAAUGCCAUUGGCAGAGAUAGCAGAAUUGAGGAUGGGGAUACGAAGUGUGGCGUCUUUACUUCCAUUUGUGAGGAAACUUGAAUGGUUAGAGAGUCCAAUUGAGUAUGGGGAUGAUUUCAAGCAACACCAUGCAUACGAUGUUGCUUAUUCUUCCCGUUAUAAUCUUUUCGCCCCUGACUUUUCGCUUUAUUUGAAGCUGAGAGGUGACAGAGGAGAAAGGGGUGUGAUGAUGGGGCCAUUAAGAAGAAAAAUGAUUACUGAUAACGGCUAUAUAGUGAUCGCGACGACAUUAAUGGAAGAUGAAGAAGAGGAUGAUGAUGGUAAUGAGUUAAUGGAAUAUGGUUGUCACAUCAGUGCUAUAAGGGUUCCCAACAACAUCACUCGCUGGUCAUUAUUGACGAGACUGACAUUAAAAGAGAGUGAUAUUAUUAUUGGAAAUAAUAAUGCAGAUUGCAGCAUUCCUCAGCUUUCAAUCCUCAAAUCACUAAUUGCACUCUCUCAUGAUUCUUGCAGAAGGACGAUUCAGCCUCAUUUAGAUGUAAAGCUCUCUUUACGUGAUGAUCAUUCUUUCUUUGUCUUAUAUAAUUGCUGGGAGAUGACGCCACAACAUCCCUAUACAUAUCCUUAUAAUCACUGGUUCAGCUGUCGAUCUAAUAAUUUCAGGUCAAACCACAAUUCUGAUUAUUGUGACUUAAUCGUUGACUUUGGAGAGUGGUGGUGAUUUUUUAAUUAUUA